UGUGUGUGUGUGGGUGGGAUCUCGCUGCGGACACUUGAGUCGUGCAACAGUCUGAAAACUACUUUGGUGCUACAUGAUUUCUUUUUGUAUGUUCGCCGUCAUGGAGUCAGUGAAGAACAGCCACGGUCCUCGCUCACUGCUGUGCUGUGUGUUUGUGUUGUGUGUACAGCUGCGGCUGGGUCUGACGGGAGACUGCCCCGCAGACGGACGCACUUGGGUGCCGUUUCAUGGCAGAUGUUACCACUUCGUCCAUGGAGAAGAAGACAGCAUCAAAAGCUACACUUUUGAGAGAGCAAAAACCCUCUGCCAAGGAUUUGAGCUUUUGACCAUCCAGAGCGCUGACGAGAAUGACCUCGUUAUUAAAUAUAGUCCAAAGGUGUGGAAAGGGAAGGUCAACGUAUGGCUGGGAAUGUAUUAUGACACAGACAGUGAAGAAAUGAAGUGGUUUGAAGAUGAACCUGUGCGAUUCACUAACUGGGAGGACAGUUCUCCAUCAGACCUCGUGCCCUUGGAUACAUGUGUGGCUCUGCACACCAACACAGGAAAGUGGGAGAACGUCAGCUGCCUGGACGAAGUGGAGAACGGAGUGAUCUGUGAGACAAAUCAGAAGGCAGAGGAAGCCAAGAAAAAGCCCAGUGCACUGCUGUCCGCCCUGGUCGUUCUCAGCGUGGUAGCUAUCAUGGGAGUCUCAGCAGUUAUUUGGUUCCUGCACCAGAAGCACAAUGUUGGCUCCACUAUGCUCACGGCAUUCGAGUACCACCCUCCGUUCCGAGUCCUGGAAACAGACCAGUCCUGCCUGGUGGAGUCUGAGGAGACUGACAGUGUGCCAUAGGAGAACUUUCUCUCUCUUCCACAAUAGGAAGCAAUCAGACCCUCCUCAUUGGGUCUUCAUGCAAAAAGAAGUCCGCUCUAAACAAAACAGUUACAGAAGUAGUUUUGGGUUAACAAUGUCAUGACUCAGAAUAAUAUAGUAUGAUUGUAAGACAACUCGACUCCAGGCUUACUCUAAUACUAACUUCUCACUGUGGCACAAACAUCUCACUACUUCUGCUUUUUUGUCAUCUAUUCUGUACUAACAAAGAAUCACCUGUUUUUUUUUGUUCAGAUUGGUGCAUUUUCUUCUGCAACUGUGGCCUGGUGUACGUUUCAUCUGUGAUUUGAUGUAACAUCAGGUCAUUAUGAGGCACCACGCAUUUCUUGGGGAUCAUUAUUUGUGUCUUGCAUACUAAAAGUAACUUACUGUUGCUCACUCAAAGAAGGUGAGAUUAAAUGAAUAUACUUUUUGUGAGCAGACAGAAAUUUACUGUUACACGGCGACUUUAUUAUUGCAUUAAACUUGGGGACUAACAAGAGGGACAUUGGAAAAAGAAUGAUCAAUUGGUGCUGAGACAUCCUGAGUUUUAGUCUAUAUAUUUAUCGUGCUCCAAAUAGGAAGAAUUCUACAUUUCACAUAAUACAACCGAUUAAUCGUAGUCUACAACCCCCCUACGAACAUCAUCAGUAGUUAUUUUCUCAGACUUUAAAGGUCCAGUGUGUAGGAUUUAGUGGCCUCUAGCAGUGCAGUUGCAGAUUGCAACUCCCUUGCUCCACCCUCCCCUCCCAAGCACAAAGGAGAAACUAUGGUGGCUCUGAAAUGCGCAAGAAGCACAAAUACCCCAAUCUAAAGCCUGAGUUGGUUUCUUCCUUCUGGGCUACUGUAGAAACAUGGCGGUUCAAUGUGGCGGCCUCCACGGAAGGCGACCUUUCUGAGAUAACAAAAACAUAGCAAUUUCUAUUUUAAGAUGAUUAUACACAAAUCAAAAUAUACUGAUUUUUUAAAAAAGCUCCCUCCAGAUGCACACUAUUAAUUAUACAACCAUGAUGAAUAAGCUGACCUUUUAUGUGUAAAAUCGGAGGUGGUCCUUUUUAAGCAGUACUCAAAGAAACAGGAAUUCUCAAUCACAGGCUGUCAAGGGCAUAUGUAAAUAGUUUGACACGAAACAAGAGCCCAGCAAGAGUAUGAACAAUUGCAGUGUUACUCCACGUGUGUAAAUGUAGAUUUGUCCAUAAAGCAGACAAUGAAGUGGAAAGCCGUCCUUAACCAAUGCUGCCAAGAGACGCUAUUACAAUUGUGUAUAAUACCCCUCUUAAUACUGUAUGCCAUUUUAACAGCAUGGAUGCUUUCGUGCAAUAUUUAAGAUUGAUUUGGCAGGAUCUGAGCCCUUGUGUGUUUUUCAUAAUAAAGUAUGUUUGAGUAUAAGAA